AUGGCGCCUGUGUUAAUCGGCGGACUUCAAAAAAUCUGUGAAAAUCUGCUUAGUAAAAGUGUUAAUGAACAAGUACAAAAUGUGGUACUAGUACUACAACGUGAAUUGGGUAAUAGAUUUACAACUAUCGAUUCAAGAGAAGACAUUGCUCAAGCCGCUUUCCUUGACCCCCGAAUAAAAAAAUUGGGGCUCAAAUGUGAUGUCGCCAAAAAAAUUGAAAGUGAUAUUAUCUGUGAGUUAUCGGUAGUUGCACAAACUACCCAUAAUCUUGUUGAGGAUGUGGAAGAGGAUGAUGAAGAGAUAGACGAAUCAUCGGUUUGGUUCGAGUUUGAGAGUAAAGUUAAAGACUCUCGAACUUCAUCAGCUCCCGCAGCAGACGCGGCGAUCGACAAAGCUGCGGCAGAAGUGAAAAGAUACCUGCAAGAGCCCAUUCUUUCCAGGAAAUCUGAUCCACUGGAGUGGUGGGAAAAGAAUAAAAAUGUAUUUCCUAAUUUGUAUGAAUUAUCACGGAAAAAAUUAGGCCUUGUGGCUACUUCAGUGCCAUGCGAAAGGGUGUUCUCUAAAGCUGGAUUAAUACUGAAUGAUCGGCGAAACCGAGCCGAUCAAGGGAUCGUCUCUUUCAAGCAUAUAGUCGAAUCAUCCGACCUGCUCGUUCAGAAUAUGUAUAGGAAUCUAUUUGACUCUCAACAAACGAAAGAUGAAUUAUCCUUCUCUUGGAACCGGGUGGUUCGAGCUUUGAAACGUCCUAUUCAAACAGACCGGAGAUAUACGGAUUCGCGCAUGAGUUUUCGGUGA